UCAUAGUACUCCGUACGGAGUACCUGAAUGGUACUUCUUGCAAUCUCAUCUCGCUAUGUGAUGCUCCUACAGCAUGGCCGUAAAGGCUUCUCUUCCAUCAUACCACUCACUAGUCCAUGUGCAUUCAGCUCAUCUUGUGAACGUCGAAUAGCCACAGAGACAUCUCGAAAAGGACAAAGCAUCGACCUGCGCAUUGGACUCGAUGGACAUGUUAGGCUCGAUCUUGAGACCCCUUCAAGGAACGCGCACGCACGCGCGCAAGACCGUCCACGACAUGUUCUUGUCCACUUACCACCGGGCCCAUCACUGAAGGUGCCGGCCUUCAAUGUCCAACCUCGGUUGAACACUCUCCUCUCCCCGAACACGUCUAUCGUCACAAUUCAUUACCGCCUUGGCCUCGAUACCGAUGCUACGACCGACGAGAAGACAUGUUUUCCAACUCCCAUUCAUGAUGUGUCGACUGCUCUGUCAUAUCUGACCUCCUCGACGUCGCCCUUCAACGAAGGCCAGCACGAAGAGCCAAAGAUUUGUCUCUUCGGGAGCCAUAUCGGAGGAGGCUUAGCCACAAUGCUCUCACUCACCCACCCGGACGAUGUACACGCCUUGGCUGUCAUCGAGCCCCUGGUAGAUUGGGUCAGCCUUGACGAGAUCGUUGAACAGUUACGGCGAACGAAAGACACGGCCAGGAAAAGGCACAAACAUCGAGCUACACGUUUUGGUGUCGACGAUUCAUCCGUACUGGCCGCCGCAGAAGAUCUCAUAAGGUUGCGUGCAAGGUUAUUUCCGACCCCGUCAUCAUACUUUGAUCCUUUCGCCAGUCCGCUAUUAUUUCUUCGCGCUCCGGGUAGAGAUACGCCAUUGAAUAGGACUGUUGGCGACGACCUUGUCGAAGAGAUGGGAUUGAAUGAUAGCAAUGGCGGGUUUGGCGACACCGAAAACCUCGAAGGUGAUCUGCAAGAAGAAUAUUAUUCUUCACACGCACCAUUGCCCGAUACAAUGCCUACUCCUUUAUCAACAACGCAGUCUCAAUCUCCACCCAGACGGCGCAAAGUCCUGCAAAGAUGGCCGGCGAUAGGUCGACCCGAGUCUGCAAUCCUCCCGCACGUCAAGGCGUUUGUCCGAUCUCCAUUAGUAGUCGGUAGCUUUGAUGAAGUGGAGGGUAACUCGGACGGCGUACACUCCGAGCAGGGUCACGCGGCACUGAUGCGAGCUCAAGGCAGUGAAUUGGUCGAGCUCAUGCGUAGAGCAUGCUUUUUUGGUCGAGAGAAAGGCUUUGCUGAAGAACGAGUUCGGCUCUAUGAAGAAACUGCUCACGAUCAAGACAUGGGGAGUGAGAGUGCCGAGGCUCUCACAACGAGUAGCCAUUCACGUCCCAGCAUGCGCCUGCACGAGCAAGCACUCAGCUGGGCUGAAACAAUGCUAGCCAAAGAUUGAGUCUAAGGAACCAUAUAAGGAUUAACGAUAUCUUUUCGGACAUCGUCUCAUGAUGUUUUAUUUGCA